AUGGGUGAAUAUACUGAAGGUGUAGCCCGUGGUGUAGAUACUUAUACCUUGCAUCAACCAUUGGGUGUAUGUGCUGGAAUUACCCCGUUUAAUUUUCCUGCCAUGAUUCCACUAUGGAUGUUUCCAAUGGCGAUUGUUUGCGGCAAUACCUUUGUACUUAAACCGUCUGAGCAAGACCCAUUAUCGACCAUGAUGCUGGUUGAAUUGGCAUUACAAGCGGGCGUACCUGCUGGUGUACUCAAUGUGGUACAUGGUGGCAAACAAGUGGUAGAUCGUCUAUGUACGCAUCCAGACAUUAAAGCCAUUUCAUUUGUAGGUUCAACAGCGGUAGGGACGCAUGUCUAUAACUUAGCGGGUCAACAUGGUAAACGUGUGCAAUCGAUGAUGGGAGCAAAAAACCAUGUCGUGGUCAUGCCAGAUGCCAACAAAGAACAAACCUUAAAUGCUUUAGUUGGUGCUGCAUUUGGUGCGGCUGGACAACGUUGUAUGGCAUUGUCUGUUGCUGUAAUGGUCGGUGAAACUAAAAACUGGGUGGAUGAAUUGGUUGAAAAAGCCAAAACACUGAAAGUCAAUGCUGGGCAUGAACCGCAAACAGAUAUUGGUCCUGUGAUCUCACCACGUGCUAAAGCUCGUGUUAUAGAUUUGAUUAAUAGCGGUAUUGCACAAGGUGCGCAACUCUUACUCGAUGGUCGAGACGUACAAGUCCAAGGCUACGAAAAUGGCAAUUUUGUUGGUGCAACCAUAUUCAAUCAAGUCAGCACUGAUAUGCGCAUCUAUACAGAAGAAAUUUUUGGUCCUGUUUUAGCCAUUAUUCAUGUUGAUACGCUUGAACAAGCCAUUGAAUUGGUCAAUGCCAAUCCGUUCGGGAAUGGUGUGGGUUUAUUUACUCAAAGUGGUGCAACAGCGCGUACUUUCCAAAGCACUAUUGAUAUCGGCCAAGUUGGUAUCAAUAUUCCAAUUCCUGUGCCGGUUCCAUUCUUUAGCUUUACCGGGUCAAGAGGUUCAAAAUUAGGGGACUUAGGGCCUUAUGGUAAACAAGCAGUAAAGUUCUAUACUCAAACCAAAACCAUUACCAGUCGUUGGUUCGAAGACACACAAGAAAAAGGUGAAGUGAAUACCACCAUCAGCUUGCGCAAUAUGGGCGGUAAAAUGGCCCAUAAUUUACUCAAAGCAGGCUUGACGGUUUAUGGCUUUGAUUUAAGUGAUGUUGCAAUCGCACAUUUCACCGAAGCAGGCGGAAUUGCCUGUAAUAGUCCACAGAAAGCAGCAGAAAAUGCAGAUGUCGUAAUCACCAUGCUGCCAGCCGCAAAGCAUGUUAAAGAGGUGUAUUUGGGUGAAAAUGGGGUACUUGCUGUGCUUAAACAAGGCAGCUUAUGUAUCGACAGCAGUACCAUUGAUCCACAAACCAUUAAAGACAUUGCUGCAAUUGGUGCAGAGCAAGGAAUUCAAAUUUGUGAUGCACCUGUUUCAGGUGGCACGAUCGGGGCUCAAGCAGGUACGCUAACCUUUAUGCUAGGAACUGAUGAUAAAGCCUUUGAACAAGUCAAAUCUGUGCUUGCACCAAUGGGUAAGAACAUCGUGCACUGUGGUGAAGUGGGUGCAGGACAAAUUGCUAAAAUUUGCAAUAAUCUCAUUUUAGGCAUUUCAAUGGCCGCAGUGGCUGAAGGCAUGGCGCUAGGGGCAAAACUCGGUAUCGAUGCACAAGCGUUGGCAGGCGUAAUCAAUAGUUCAAGUGGUCGUUGCUGGAGCUCGGAAGUGUGUAACCCAUGGCCGGGUAUUUCUGCAAAUGCACCUGCUGGACGUGGUUAUAGUGAUGGCUUUGCCUCUCAACUGAUGCUUAAAGAUUUGGGUUUGGCUGUUGAAGCCGCAGGCCAAGUCAAACAACCUUUGCUUUUAGGUGGUUUGGUACAGCAGCUUUAUCAGCAACUGUGUAUGCAAGAUGGUGCGGUUCAAGAGAUGCUCUCAGGCUCGGUUGAUCAACUGAAUGCCUGUUAUGAAUGCUGUGACCGACAUGCAGAAGCAGAUCGCGAAAAAGUUGCCCUAUAUUGGCAAGGUAAAGAUGGCCGUAAAGAACAAUACACCUUUGCUCAACUGAAAAAAUGGUCGAGUCAGUUUGCCAAUUUUUUAAAGUCACAGGGUAUUCAAGCCGGUGAUCGUAUUUCGGGUUUAUUACCAAGAACUCCCGAAUUAUUGGUUGUGAUUCUCGCUGCUUGGCGAAUUGGUGCAGUUUAUCAACCGCUAUUUACUGCAUUUGGCCCAAAGGCGAUUGAACAUCGAGUUCAGCUGGCAAAAAGCAAAUUGGUUGUGACCGAUAUCGGCAAUCGUAGCAAACUGGAUGAAGUUGCACAGUGUCCACAAAUUAUGACUGCCGCUGAUCAACAGGGUCAUGUUGUACAACAAGGCGAUUUAGAUUUUUGGAAAGAACUCAAUCAACAUGCUGAGCAAUGUGAUCUGGUCAUGCAAAGCAUUCAAGAUCCAUUUUUACUGAUGUUUACCUCAGGCACCACGGGGCCUGCAAAACCUUUGGAAGUUCCACUCAAAGCCUUAAUUGCUUUUGGCAACUAUAUGAAAGAUGCGAUCGGCUUACGCGCAGAUGAUGCAUUUUGGAAUAUUGCUGAUCCAGGUUGGGCGUACGGGGCACCUACAGCAUAUCGGAUGAUGAUGGCCGCAGAUCCCGCUCAAAUGGCACAACUAAAAGAGGUGGGCAUGGUGGUUUGCAAUCAUCAUGGUUUAAGCCACGACGUCCGUGCAGGCGCUGCUGGUUUUGCCAGCCCAGGUUAUCGUGUUGCUGUGGUGGAUGAUCAAGGCAAUGAGUUGCCUGCCGAUACCGCUGGAAUUUUAGCGGUAGAUAUCAGUCAAUCACCGAUGAUGUGGUUUGGUGGCUAUAAAGAAAGUCGUAAAUCACCAUUUAUCAAAAAUUAUUAUUUGACCGGUGAUACUGCUGAAUUACAUGCAGAUGGAAGUAUGAGCUUUGUUGGACGUAGUGAUGAUGUGAUUACCACCUCUGGAUAUCGUAUUGGACCUUUUGAUGUAGAAAGUGCAUUACUUGAACAUGAGGCAGUGAUUGAAGCUGCUGUUGUUGGAGUACCUGAUCCAGAGCGAACAGAAAUCAAAAUAAAACACCAUCUGAGGAAUUGGCUGAACAACUUGGGCAAUUUGUCAAAAAACGUCUGUCUGCCCAUGCUUAUCCAAGACAAGUUGAAUUUGUUACUGAACUACCCAAGACCCCAAGUGGCAAGAUUCAACGCUUUUUACUACGAAAUCAAGAAAUUGCUAAACAACAAUUAA